UCUUCUAUGGCGCCAGCCCUAUAUAAUUUUGUUCCACCCGGGCCGAACACGCCGGAAGAAAGCCCACGGCUGAGGUGCAGCUAGUCCGUUCAAGUAGCCAUUAAGAGUCUCUAGCAUUUGGUAGGUCCAAGUCUUUAUACUCCGCCUUCAAGCCUUCCCCUUCUCCCCCGCCUUUUUUCACUAUUGCAACUGCGAGAAGGAGAGGGUUGGAUUGAUGGAGAUGGUGAUGACGGUGGUUUCUAUUUAUGCUAUCUAGUGCAAGAAAAGAGAUUUUAAACACCAUAGGGAAGGGUGAGAGAGGUGCAUGUCGUUUUCUUGCCUCUGGUGGUGUUGAGGACGGCACUGAUUCAUGUGGUCUUUGUUCCAGGUUUAAAGGGCCUUCAACUGUCCUCUUUGGGCGCUGAAAGAUAUGGAGGCCGGGAGGAGGAAAGGAAAGAGACGUGGCUCUAUGAUUUGCUCCGUGUCUUUCCCUUCUAUUACCCCUCUCGUCCUUCUUUUACUCGUGUUCAUCGGCAACGGAACGUUCAGCGUCUCGGCUUUGAAGUACACAAGCACGAGGCGCAUCACGAGUCUUGGAUUGGCAAGGAUCCAAAGACACUUGGAGAAGAUCAACAAGCCUGCCGUGAGGUCCAUCGAGAGCCCGGACGGAGAUAUCAUCGACUGCGUCCACUGGCACAAGCAACCGGCUCUCGAUCAUCCCCUCCUAAAGAACCACAAGAUUCAGAGAGCGGCACCUCAGAGGCCAGCAUUCAGAGGCGGCCGACGACCGGAAAAUUACAGUGCCGGCGGUGCAGCGAGAGGGGCUUGGCAGACAUGGCACCAUGUUGGUCAUUGCCCGAAGGGCACCGUCCCGAUACGGAGGAGCUCCGUCGAUGAUGUAUUGAGAGCCAAAUCUUUGUAUCACUAUGGGAAGAAGCAGCAGCCAAAGGUCGAUGCACCGGAUGUGGACGGUGGCAAGGGCCACGAGCAUGCAAUUGCGUACACUAGGAAUACAGAAGGGAUCUAUGGGGCUAAGGCUACGAUCAACGUCUGGGAUCCUUCUGUCCAAACGUCUGGCGAGUUCAGCCUCUCCCAGAUCUGGAUCCUCUCUGGAUCAUUCAAUGGCUCCGAUCUCAACAGCAUCGAAGCUGGCUGGCAGGUCAGCCCUGAGAUUUAUGGAGACAGCAGUCCCAGGCUGUUCAUCUACUGGACGAGCGACGGAUAUCAGGCUACAGGGUGCUACAAUCUUCUAUGCUCAGGGUUCGUGCAGAUCAACAACAAGAUAGCCAUUGGAGCAGCUAUAUCGCCAGUAUCAUCAUAUGAAGGCAGCCAGUAUGAUAUUACUAUUCUCAUAUGGAAGGAUCCAAGGCUUGGAGACUGGUGGAUGAGCUUCGGCGACAGCGUGCUCGUGGGCUACUGGCCGGCCGAGCUCUUCACACACUUAUCGGACCAUGCCACAUUGGUGGAGUGGGGAGGGGAGGUCGUGAACACGCGGCCCAACGGCGAGCACACCUUCACCCAGAUGGGCUCGGGCCACUUUGCCGAGGAUGGGUUUGGGAAGGCCAGCUACUUUCGCAAUCUCGAGAUUGUGGUGGACUCCGGCAACAGGCUCAGCUCGGCCCGGUCCAUUGCUACAGGGGCCCAGAACGCCAGCUGCUACGACAUCAUGGGCUUCUCCAAUGCCGACUGGGGAAUCCACUUCUACUACGGUGGACCGGGCAACAAUCCUCGGUGCCGUUGAAUUCCUCCUCUUAAGCUUUCUCUGCCUCACCACACGGCUAGUUAGUUUCUUAAUAUCAAAAUUCAAGGUUCCUUUUUUUUUUUAAUUUGAUCCAUGAAUAGGGUUCUGAGGGUCAUUUUGGUUGCUACUGAUGCUUCCAUACAUGAUAUAUUAUUCUUUGAUUGUCA